UUCUGUGUAUAGUAAACACUUUUCAAGUUUGAUUUGAUUUUAUGAAGUGUUUAAUUAGAUAAAUAAGUUUAGGGGUUAUGUUUAGGGUGUGGACGACUUAUAUUUCAGUCGUCUGUUGAAUAAUUUACACGGACGACGUAUAUUUCAGUCGUCCACAUCGUACCGAACCUUUAAUUUUACCAAUGUACGUUUUAACCUAACCGGAUCAUUUACCGGACAUAUAAAAGCUAUUUUUUCACUAUUUCACAACUUUACGAAACCCUAGCGCCGUUUCUCUCCAACGGCGAUUUCGAAGGCGAUAAGACGAAAACCCUACCGUGGUCGUGUUCCGCCGUUAUCUUCGCCGGUAAUCUCUCCGAUUACGACGAAUCUCGUUUCUCCUUCAUGCCGUAGAGUAUUUUUGUAGUUUAAACUGACCGUCCGCUUCUUUUUUUCAGAUCUGAAAUCUCGUUUGCCAAACUCCGCCGCCGGUAUGUUAUUUCUCAUGUAUUAAGGCAUUUAGCCGCCGGAAAACCCUAAAUAUUUUAGUAUUGAUUCUUCUUUUCCCUUCGAUUUGCAGAUCUGUAACGGCUUGGGGCCACAUCUUCUCCGACCAUAUCUUCUCGGACAAUAUAUUCUCCAACUGUAAGUCAUUCGUCUUUUGUUUAAAAGAUUUUGAGAUUGUUGUAGUCUUUUGCUGAAAGAUUACUCAGACGACUUCCCGGAAGUGAGAAGACUACUUGGACGACUUCCUGGAAGUCGUCCAAGUAGUGUUCUCACUUCCUGGAAGUCGUCUGAGUAGUCUUCUCACUUCAUGGAAGCCGUCUGCAAGUCUUCUAUAGCAUUUAGCAUAGUGCGCAACCUAUGUGUUUGAGAUGGUUGUUUGAGAUGGUUGUUUGUGAUUAUUUGCAGGCCUUAAAAUGGAUUUACCAGAAUUCCCGCCGAGGAUAUUUACAUUAGGAGAAGAGCCUGAUGCAAUCAGGAGCAUUUCGUAUCAUUCUGAUGACAUGAAGUUGUUUAAAUCUCUAUGUGAUUGUCUCACAGUUGACGAAUAUGAGGAUCUGAAGGCGUCGAAGUUAGGAGUGUUCAUCAAAUUCAAGGAGCUUGACUUUGGUUGGACUUCAAGGCUGGUACAUUUUAUGCUCUCUUUCCAGCUAGACAUCAAGAAGAAGUUUGAGCUCUAGAGUCUUGUCGUUUCACAACAUGUGAGGUUUUCACUAAUAGAGUUUGAACACCUCACUGGGCUGAACUGCGAUUACAUCAAGGACCUGGAAAAUCCAAGGUGUGAGGUUACGACGGAGAUGGCUGCUUUCUGGGAGAAGAUGCGUGUUGAUAUCGAUACUGGGCCAAAUAUUGAACAGAUAACAGAAGCAUUUUACAACUGCGACGAGUGGUCUCGGGAUGAUCGCAUGCGGCUGGGAUACCUUGCCAUCUACGCAGGGUACAUCGAAGGGAAAAAGUUCUCAUCCGCUACAUCAGCUAGUCUUGCAAGGCUAGUGAUGGAUUUAGAAAAAUUUGAGAAUUAUCCAUGGGGAAGAGUGGCGUUUAAGGUGCUGAUGGAUUCUCUGAAGGCAAAAGACUUGACGCAAACUGGUUACACUGUUGAUGGGUUCAUACAAGUGCUCCAAGUGUGGGCGUACUAUGCUCUGCCAGAGUUGGGUGCUAAUUAUGGGUCUCCCAUACCAAACAGACCGUCUCCACUGUUGCUGGCUUACAAGGGUGGCAAAAGACAACGCAAAUUUUUUAAGGCUGCUAUCAAUAAACAGACUAUCGUGAAGAACUUCGUUCAGAAGGCUUUUGAUGAAAUGUUUCCAAAAUGGGACGGAGACGUAGAUGACCCUGCCGCGGAUAACAUAAUUAAAGUCAUGUUUAAUGAUCCUGGAUGGGAGUGGACCAUGGAAUGCUGGCCAGUCACCGGUACUCGUAAGGUUGUGAAGAUGGAAGUGAGUCCAGUGAAGAAUGAAGUGAGUCCCGUGAAGUCAGAGAGUGUUGUGAAGGAAGAAAGUAGCAGACCUCGGAAGAAAGCUCGUAAAAGGUCUUCUGUUUCUGCUGAGACACCUGCGGCGGGUAGUGAAGGGAUGACGCAUCAGCAGAUUGAAAAGUCCUUGAAAGACAUAUCUGAUGCCAUUAAUCUUGGCUUUGGGACGUGCCUUAAGGAGCUCAAGUUACUGGCGGAUAGGAUGGUAGCUGUGGAGAAGAAGGUGGGAAUCACCAACAGAGGGGGUUUAUCUGAUGAUCGUCAACUUACAACCACUUCAAAUCCACCAAAACCUGUUGAAGAACCCGGGGUUAGUACCAAAACCUCUCCCAAAAUUGCAGAGAAGAGAGUCACUAGGCAAAGUGUUAGGAAGAGUCAGGACUGAUGUGCUUUGUUUCUUGUGUGCUUUGAUGAACAUGUGUGCUUUGUUUCUAGUGUGCUUUGAUGAACAUGAACCACUGUAUGCCUUGAUUCUGAACAUGUGUGCUUUGUUUCUAGUGUGAAUUUGAUCUUUGCUGUAAGGGCUUUUGUUA